AUGUUGCCGACUUGCGCGGCAACGGUUGCAAGAAAUGUUAGGCCACUGGAUGGCCGUAAGGUCGAGGAGAUCCAGAUAUACGCCGACCACCAUGACUCAAAGAACGUCUUCGCUGCAGACAAGGUGAUGUACGGUUCCCCGACCAAAGGAAAGGCAUCGCUCCUCUGUUCUGAGGGAUCAACCCUUUUGACAAAGAAGUCGCAGAUUCUAAAGCGCAGGGCCGAGCACUUGAGCAGCUUUCUCAGUCGGCCCUCCAUAAUCGCCGACACCGCCAUCAACCGGUUCCCCCAAAUGGAAAUCAACGUCGACCAGGGUCUCUGCCCCCCGUUCCAGAAGCCAGUCGCUCCCGGCAACAACUCCUCAGCGGAAAAGCAGCAGUCUCCGACGCAAUCUCAUGCAAAAUCUACAAACUCGGCGGCCUUCGUUUGA